AUGCGUGUUCCAAGGAAGCGGCAGACUAGUGACCUUGUCCAGGCAGCAGAGGUGGAGCAGGAAGUCCACCUCAGAAAAGCCAAGCAGCGAAAGGCAGAAGCGGAUGAAGAGCGACUCAAGGCUGAAGAGGAGGAGGGUAUCGAGGUCCUGAUUGAGGAGGAGCUGGGCCAGAAUCCAGAGAGUGGGGAAGGCUGGACAGAGUACAACUUCCAGGCCGCGCGGCUGCCAAAGGAGACCUACGCUCUGGGUAUUGUUGAGCUUGUGCCAGAGCUCUACGGCUCCAAUGGGAAGAGCUACUGCUUGCUGGAGCCUGGAGCAGGACUCGUUGCGCGGAGCUUGGUGUUCAGAAUUGUACUGCGCGGGGCCCUGGCACGACGGCAUUCUGCCGGGAACAGCUUUCUUCCGGCAGAUCCGGCCCUGCUCACCCGCCCUCCAGAAACAUCCAGGAGUAUUCAUACGCGACAGUGCGACAAGUUGAAGAUUUCCGACUCCAAAGGUGGUGUUGUGACAGCAAAGGUCAAAGAGCUUCAGCUUCGCGGCAUGGCAGGUGGCCGCUUGAACUGCUUCUUGGCCGGAGGCUACUCACUGACCCUGUCGCAGCCUCGGUUUCAGAUUGCAGGGCAUGGCCACAGUGAAGUGCAAGGGACGAUGGUCUUCUUGCGGUGGUCCAGCCUGUUGCAAUGGUGGUUCCGCGUGCCCAACCUUCCGUUGAAGGCGGACCGUCUGAUCCUCAUGGACUUUCCGAGGCAAAGCAACGAUCCGCAGCAAUUCGACACGCCAGAGGAGGAGCAGAACACCGGCAAGCUCUUCGUCUGGAAGAACGGUUUGAUAGCCCCGGAAGGCUGCCAUGAGCCUCGGGUGCUCUCCAAGAAGAAGCGCCGAAAUCAGGCUUCCCGAGGAACGCCGGCAGCUUCCGUCACCGGAGAAUGGCAGCUGCAGUUCACAAUUGAGGCUGGAGCAUAA